CUUUAUUAAAACUUUUAAUUUGAAAUAUAAACAUUACAUUAUUUUAAUUUCAUGCACAUUUGUCUGAGUAAAACCAAAUCUGUUAUUUAAUUUUUUUGCCCAACAGGAUUGUCGGGAACAUGGUGAGAACCCUGUAUAAUUUGUCUGAUCUGAGAGAGACCAGGUUUGGUCAGCCGAGUCCCAGACACGGUCUGAGCUUGUUGUGGUGGUUUGCUCAUAAUUGUGUUCAGAUUGACUCGAACAGUCGUAUGACUGCACUGUACAACCCUGAAUAUGGAGCUUUUGGUUUUGAUCUAUUCUAUAAUCGGGAAAGACUUCUUCCUUACAGUAAUCGUCCAUACUAUGAGGUGGGCAACCUAAAUAACCCUGGAUCACUGCCUCAUUAUGUCACUAAGAAGUACACUGGAUAUUCAGACGACAGCAACAAAGAUCGCAUCAUUGUUUCCUUUAACUCAAGAUGGAACAGAUUUGAGAAGAUUUAUGUGACACAGCACUCGGAUGAGGUGCACUUUGACCAGAAUCACACUUACCGCAUUAGCCCUAAACUUCUGGAGGACAUUCAAGAGUUAAACCUGAAAAAAUUCCUCAGAAAGACUAUCAAUAAUUCUUAUCAGAUUUCUUACCAAAUGCAUUGCACACCGUGUCCAUCUCCAGCUCCGUCUGUAAAGACUGAAUCCAACCAGAGGCAAGGGUCUAAAUCUGUCAAGGGUGUUUGUGCAGAAUCCUGCGAAGUACUUUUUUGUAUCAUCAUCAUCAUCAUCAUCAUCAUAUUUUUGUUCAUGUUGUUCAUUUCGUUUUCAAAAAUGAAAAUAUAGUUUUCAUGCUGUUUGUUGUUCAUUUUGAAGCUGUGUAUUAUUAAAGCUGUGACUUAUUUGGAUGAAGGGGUCUCCUAAAUGAAUAACUGUAUAAUCUGAUGUAUGUUCAUAUAAUUAUAAUGUGAUGUUCAUAAUUCAGUAAAUGCGAGAUAUGAUGUUAAGCUUUGUUUUUUAUCACUGGAUUCUUUUAAUGAUUUAUUACUAUGAUGCAGAUAAAUAUUCAAGAUUGAGGGAGACAAAAGAUGAACUUAUCAUAAAAU